GUUCACGGAAAUUGUAAGCAUUAACUCAGGCUUUUGCGUCGACGGUGAGAUACUGUUCGGAAUUUUUUCUCGUCGCAUUCUCUCUCGCAGCCUCCUUAAAUACGGUAGCCCACCGAGGAACCCUCCCUACUCCGGCGUCUCCUCGCCACCGCCUAUUUGGGUUUGUGUCCUCGGCUUAUGCUGCAUAAUGUUGAUGACAGUUUAUGGGCUUAAAGUUAGCAACAAGCAACUUCAAUAGACAAAUAAUCAAUAUCGUAGUAUGGAAUGGAAGCACACUCAGCUAUGUCUGCAAGCUUGUCUGAUAUGAAACAAAUUUGUAGCUCUGGAGUUUCAGGUGUUAUAUCAUCAUCUCUACCUACUCAUCCCAGUUUAUUUGCUGAGAGGUUACUGCCACAUUCUCGGCAAGUUUCAAUGGACAGGGAGUUGAGAAACAAUUCUUUUCCGCAGCAUCAUACUCCUUUUGUCUCUAACAAUGGGGUAGUGGGACCUUUAUUUUCAUCAGCUUCUGGAUUCUCCUCAGACCUUCAUUACUCUUCUAGUGCUCCUCAAGUGAGAUAUUCGAAUGGCGCCCCAUAUAUUUCUCAAUCACCAAGCUGUGGAAUUCCCAUACCUUUAGCACAAAUGUGUUCAGGAGCAUUUCAAUCUUCAACUUGCAAUUUCCCUUCCAAUGCUACUGGAAUGUCCUGGGUUCCAGGGUCCAUUCAUGAUAUUCUUAGUUAUCCUGAUAAUUUGAAUAUGGAGAACAACCAAAUCCAGAGCAGUCCCAUCAACAAUCAAAUCCAGACCACUAAUAUUACAGCUUCUGAUGACCUAACUAAACAAAAUGAAUGGUGGGAUUUGAGCAGUGAUGAUUGGAAGGAUCUUCUGAAUGACCCAGUUGGAACAGAAACUCAGCAGAAGCAGGUACCUUUACAUUCUGGGGAGCUGUGCAUUGUCAAUAGCCCAUCAUCUUCAAUGAGUGGAGCUCCACCUAGACCACGCAUGCGGUGGACCCCAGAGCUCCAUGAACGCUUUGUAGAUGCUGUUAACCAACUUGGUGGAAGCGAAAAGGCCACUCCUAAAGGUGUGCUCAAGCUUAUGAAGGUGGACGGAUUGACCAUAUACCAUGUGAAAAGCCACCUCCAGAAGUAUAGAACAGCUCGGUACCGGCCAGAUUCAUUUGAAGGGAGUUCAGAAAAGAGAGGUUAUCCACUUGAUGAAACGGCAUCAUUGGACCUGAAAACUGGAAGGGAGCUUACAGAAGCUUUGCGCUUGCAGAUGGAGGUUCAGAAACGACUUCAUGAACAAUUAGAGAUUCAGAGAAAUUUGCAACUACGAAUAGAAGAACAAGGGAGGUAUCUCCAGAUGAUUUUUGAACAACAAUACAAAGUUGGGUUGGAUAAGCUCAGGCCACCAUUCGAUCGGGAUGAGCAAACAACCCAAUCUUGCGGGACAACACCCUCUCCUCCUAAGAGUGAAUCCUUUGAGAAGAAUAGGGCUGAAAAAGCAAAUGAACCUUCCACUACCAAAGCUACUGAGGAAAAGCAGGGGGCUGAGGAUAACAAGCAGACUGUGCCUGAUACUGGGCUUACCAGCACCGUGGAGCACAUCGGCUCUAUUGGAUCCGAGUCCCCCAGCCACAAGUGUGUGGAGAGCAAUGCUAAAGUGUUUAUUACUGAAUGAUCAGUAGAUUAUGCAGCAGCUGAUAGACGAGUAGGGGUAACUCAUGACAAGCGAGUGAUCAAUAAGAACAUUAAUAAAUUGGCAGCAGAGAUUUUCUUUCUAAAAAACGAGAAAGUUAAAUUUCUGCUUAUGAGCACCUCUUCUUGCUUUAGUGAAAUAAUGGUUGUCUUCUUCUUCUUCUUUUUAUAUUUUUGAAACGAAGCUUUGAACAAUCAUUUUACCAUGGAGGGUGUAAAUGUUUUAUAGUAAGUGAUUUUAUUCAUGUCGGAAAUCGUCCCUUGUAAAAGUUAAGAUGGUAAGAUAUUGCUAUUCUUAUGUAAACUCUAGUGCAGCUAUGAAACAUCUAUUCUAUUGCCAGUUUUUCUUUCUCUA